UUGAUUCCCCCCCUCCCCAUCAUGUAUGUCGCCGCCUUGCUCCUGGGGCCCCUUAUGGUGGCCGCAUCUUCUGGCGUGCCGUACGAGCAAUACAUCCUGGCCCCAAAGUCGCGAAAUCUGAUUCCGGUCUCCGUUCAUAGUGUGAAUGGGUCAGUAGCCAAUGCCAAAUCCCUCACCCAAUCCUCCGGCGAUGGGGCCACAUUCCGCGGCGUUUCGUCCGUCACAUAUGACUUUGGCAAGAAUGUGGCUGGCCUCGUCUCUCUAGAUGUUGGACAUGCCUCAUCUUCAUCUGCUUUUUUGGGUGUCACUUUCUGCGAAUCAAGUCUGUACAUCAGCAACCAAGCCAGUGAUGGAACUGCCGAUGCUGGCUUGGACACUCCUCUAUGGUUCCCAGUCGGUAAAGGGGCUGGAGAGUACACCCCUGAGGAGAAGUAUCUUCGGGGCGGCUUCCGCUACCUUACAGUAGUGAGUAACACGACUGCGACCGUGCCGGUGCACAGUCUCCGGGUGAACUAUACCGCUGCCCCGGAUCAAGAUCUCCGCGCCUACACCGGGUACUUCCACUCGGAUGAUGAUCUUGUCAACAAGAUCUGGUAUGCUGGCGCGUAUACUAAUCAGCUGUGCACAAUCAAUCCCAAACAUGGCAACUCGCUUGUGCAUUUGGGUGAGAUUAGCUCUUCGGACCAUAUCGAAUUGCCUGAGACUGAUACCUGGUGGAACAACUACACCAUCACCAAUGGAACCAGCACGAUCACCGAUGGCGCAAAACGCGACCGUCUCGUUUGGCCUGGUGAUAUGUCCAUUGCCCUCGAGAGUAUUGCUGUCAGUACCGGAGACUUGUACAGCGUUCGUACGGCGUUGGAGGCUCUCUUUGUCUUGCAAAAAGCCAAUGGCCAGCUACCUUAUGCGGGAAAGCCAUUCUUUGACACUGUGAGCUAUACAUAUCACCUUCACAGUCUGAUUGGCGCUUCAUAUCUGUACCGCUUUUCUGGUGACAAGGAUUGGCUUUCCCGCCACUGGUCUCAGUAUAAGCUAGGCGUGCAGUGGGCUGUAUCCAGCGUGGACAGCACCGGCCUAGCAAAUAUCACCGCCAGCGCUGACUGGUUACGAUUUGGCAUGGGAGGACAUAAUAUCGAAGCGAACUCCAUCUUAUACUAUGUCCUCCAGGAUGCGCAGAAGCUUGCGGUGGAGCUCCAAGAUACAUCCUCUGCUGCACAAUGGAAGCGAAUCGCAUCCAAGAUCAAGAUUGCCGCCAACCAGAAACUCUGGGAUGACAAGAGCGGACUCUACAUUGACAACGAAACUACAACUCUCCAUCCCCAGGAUGGAAACGUAUGGGCUAUCAAAGCAAACCUGACACGGUCAGAUAAGCAAAGCUCCACCAUAUCCAGUGCUUUGAAAGCGCGCUGGGGUAAGUACGGAGCACCGGCCCCAGAAGCCGGUAAGACCGUAUCGCCUUUUAUCGGCGGCUUCGAGCUGCAAGCACACUACCUCGCCAACGAGGCCAACUCAGCCUUGGAUUUGAUCCGUCUACAAUGGGGCUUUAUGCUGCAAGACCCGCGGAUGACUCAAUCUACUUUCAUUGAAGGUUAUUCAACUGAUGGGUCCUUGCACUACGCACCAUAUACUAAUGACCCGCGCGUUUCCCAUGCGCACGGGUGGUCCACGGGCCCGACAUAUGCUCUGACUGCGUAUGCGGCAGGUAUUCAAUUGACUGGAGCGGGCGGCUCUACCUGGACUAUUGCGCCACAACCGGGAAAUCUGACUACUGUUGAUGCUGGCUUUUCGACUUCUCGUGGGAAGUUUUCCACGUCAUUCCAUCAUUCUGGUGGAAAGUACAGUCGUUUCUCUUUCACAACUCCGUCCAAUACUACUGGAGAAGUCUUCUUGUCGGGUACUAAGGGCGUGCUGGUGUCUAAGAGUGGGAAACAGACUGCACUUUUGAAUGGUUCAGCCACUGGCUUGAGCGGGGGCACCUGGGAGUUGCAUAGUCAAUAG